ACACAAUCUAACGUAAGCAGCAAGAAAUAGAGAGAGUUAAAACGAAAAUAAAAAAGAGGAGCAUGGGCAAAAUAGUCAAAAAGAGGGUUUGCGGUGUGUUGUGAGGUUUAUCAGAGCAUCGACUCGCUGAAUUGAACAUUGUUGAUACUUUCUUUAUCGAUUUCUUCUGCAAGAAAGAUGACUCAAGAUGUGGAGAUGGCGGAGCAAGCACCUCCUUCCAAUUCCGUUUCAUCUGUUGACCCUUCUGUUUUCCAGCAUUUGAAGGAGAUAGCAUCGUUGAUUGAGACUGGAGCAUAUGCUCGUGAGGUGCGGAGGAUUUCGAGAGCUGUGAGGCUGACUAUGGUACUGAGGAAGAAGCUAAAUGCAUCUUCACUAUUUGCUUUCCUCAAUUAUGUUCUAGUGCCUGGAUCCGAGGUGCAUUCCCGGCUAUCUUCCUUCCUACCCAAGGAAGAUGAACAUGAUAUGGAAGUUGAUACUGCACCAUCCGGAACUCCGGCACCAGUCAAGAAUCAUUUGCCAGAGCUUGAGAUCUAUUGCUACUUGCUUGUUUUGAUAUUCUUAAUUGAUCAUAAGAAAUACAAUGAGGCUAAGACGUGCUCCUCAGCAAGCAUUGCUCGUCUAAAAACUGUGAACAGGAGGACUGUUGAUGUAUUAGCAUCUAGGCUUUACUUCUACUACUCUCUGUGUUAUGAACUUACUGGUGAUCUUGCCGAAAUUCGAGGUAACCUCCUCGCACUGCAUCGUAUUGCAACAUUACGCCGUGAUGAGUUGGGUCAGGAAACACUUCUUAAUCUGCUACUGCGGAAUUAUCUUCACUACAACUUGUACGAUCAAGCAGAGAAAUUGAGGUCAAAGGCCCCACAUUUUGAAGCUCAUUCAAAUCAGCAGUUCUGCCGAUACCUCUUUUACCUUGGAAAGAUCAGAACAAUCCAGCUGGAGUACACUGAUGCUAAAGAAUCUCUUCUUCAAGCUGCUCGCAAAGCUCCUCAGGCUGCUCUUGGUUUCCGAGUGCAAUGCAAUAAGUGGGCUAUUAUUGUCCGGUUAUUACUUGGAGAGAUUCCAGAAAGGACUGUUUUUAUGCAGAAAGGCAUGGAGAAAGCACUAAGGCCAUACUUUGAGCUGACAAAUGCUGUUCGCAUAGGAGAUCUGGAGUUAUUUAGGAAUGUUGCCGACAAGUUCUCCAGCACUUUUGGUUCAGAUCGAACCAACAAUUUGAUUGUGAGACUCCGGCAUAAUGUCAUCAGGACUGGACUACGCAACAUCAGUAUCUCAUACUCUCGGAUCUCUCUGACUGAUGUUGCUAAAAAGCUGAGGCUGGAUUCUCCAAACCCUGUUGCUGAUGCUGAGAGUAUAGUGUCCAAAGCAAUCCGAGAUGGUGCAAUUGAUGCCACGUUGGAUCAUGCUAACGGAUGGAUGGUAUCAAAGGAGACUGGAGAUAUUUACUCCACAAAUGAGCCUCAAAUUGCUUUCAACUCGAGAAUUGCUUUCUGUCUUAACAUGCAUAAUGAGGCUGUCCGUGCUCUUCGAUUUCCUCCAAACUCCCACAAGGAGAAAGAAAGUGCUGAGAAGAGGAGAGAGAGACAACAGCAAGAACAAGAACUUGCUCAACACAUAGCUGAAGAGGAUGAUGAUGACUUCUGAAAAGUUUAUGGUCAGCAUCAUUAUGAGAUGCUCAAGGAUGAUGCCUUUUUAAAGACUUCCCCGUGAUUCGAUAUUUGAAUGUUAAAACUUUGCCCUUGGUUUAAACAAAUGUCUCAUUUUGCAAUUUCUCUUGCCCUUCUAGAUUCUGAUAAUAGGUUUCAUGUUUAAAUGUGUUGCUGUUUUAGUUUUAAAAAAAAAAAAAUCAUUACCGUUUUUAUCCAACUAGUUCUUGUUUGUACCAUUCACUUUUGCGAAAAAUUUGCUAUCCUUUAAUUUUCAA